AUGAAUUUAUAUGAAUCCGAUUUAUCUGAACUAUGCGAUCAAUUAAAAAAGACGGGCCCCGCUGACAAGUUUGAAAACGAAGAAAGAAUAUUCCAGCUUAUUUGGAUAUUAAACAAAUACUAUUCGGAUGAGACUGAUUUGAAAACUUCGCUGCUCAACGCAACGACAGAAUCUUUAGCAUCGGGAUUCAUGAAGUUUUUUGAUGAAGCCUUCUUCAGCAGUGGCAAAAAUGAUGGCAAAAUUUUUGGGUUUGAGAAUAGAUUGGAGAAAGCGAAAGAAGAUACCAAAUUGUGGUGGAGUAUUAUUUUUCGUCCUUUUGGAAAUUGGGAGGCGUUAACAAUAAGAAGUCGGAAACGAGCUAGAGCUUCAUCUAGAGAGAAUCGAGAGCCAACAGAUAACGAAACUAAUUCUUCUGCGGACUCUGAUGGAGCAGAAGCUCAAAACCGCGAGAGCUUCAUGAAUGUUGUUCGUAAGCAUCGUUUGAAUCGUGAGCGUUCGACUGACUCGCCUUCACCGGCUCAAACAGAAGAGGAAUUGGAGCUGGCCAACAGUCAAAUUUCUAUUAUGAGUAAAAGAGAUAAGGUGGUGGUUGCGCUACGUUUGCUCUUCAAACUCUGGCGUAGAGAUUGUGAUCACUAUGAGCAUAUGAAAAUCGUUUAUAAUUGGUUUGGAGAACUCCAGACAAAGAUUCAGUUCACUGAUAAUGUGCAUUUGUCCGAACUGAAUCUGAUGAUUUUUUACGAGGAAUUCGCAUUGACGGCUUUCAAAGAAACUCGCUGGAGACCCUUCAAUAACGAUCUUUUUGAACAAAUGUUGAAGGAUAUUCUCGAUAUGCAAUGUCUUGUACCGAGCGUGUUGAUCCAGAUUCAAAAUGAGGGAAACACUGCACUAUAUCCGCUAAUGCAAGAAGCUAUUCUUCUAUACAAAGUAAUCACAUUCGAAUACUGGGUACAGUUUGGGACAAACGCUCUCAUGUAUCACCAGGAAUUUUCCAAUUCAAUCGCUGAAAUGGCAGGUACAGUGGAUAAGGAACAUUUGGAUUGCUAUUUGAAAAUAGCUGGGAUAAUUCGUGAAUUUCGGACUAUUCCAAAUAACAAAUUCGUACAUAGCAUCAUGGAGUUUACGCUCAACUUUUGUGAGGGCAUGAAACCAGAGUCUCUUGCGACAUUCCUCUUAAAUUCGAAGAUUGGAUUUGGUAAAGCCGUGGCUGGUGCUGUGCUGCUGGAUAUCACGAAGAAUCUUCCACUAGAACUUAAGAUUGAAGUUCUUUCUCGUCACUUGCUUUCAUGCUGCUUCUUCCAAUAUUAUCUUUACCAACCCUGUUAUUGCGAUCGCGUGAUUAUGGAGCAGUUGAUUCCGAGCAGAAAGCUCGUAAAUAAAUGUCUUCUGGCUUUAUUCAAUGACAAUAAUAAUGACAACGAAGCAGCAAAGUACUAUCUGAAUAUCAUUUUUGACCACGAGUGCUUCCUUUGGAAGAAUCCGGAGUUUUGUCUAGAACAACAUGUUGGAUCUAGCCGCAAGAUCGUUAUGCGUGUGCGUAGUUUGUACAAGGAUGACCUGGACUAUUCGAGAUAUUGGCAAAAAAUAUUUGGAAAAUCGAACCUCGCCGCUCAUCAGUUAUUAUACGCCUACUGUAAUCCUAAUGGUCAGAGAGAAUUAUACGUCGACGAAUAUUUGGAAUUGAGAAUUCAAGAAUUUAUUCAUUAUGUAACUCUGUGGGAAUGUAGACUUUCUCGAAAGGCUUUUGCCGAUAUGCUGACGACACUAUUCGAAAGAUUUCCAACCUUACUUUCUCUUUCGCAAAUCACGUAUGUGACGGAAUCCUUUAUUGCGAUUUUCCGCCGUUUGUACCAUUUGCUAAUGAAACCGGAAUAUGUUCUGAAAUUGGGACCAUUCAAAGAACUACAACAAGCAAUUUUUGUAGGAUUCUCGCCAUUCUUGCAACAGUCUAACAGUUUCCGAUUAUUUCCUUACAUUGAAGCUUUCCGUUAUUGUGCAAACAAUCCUGAAGAGCCGAGAAUGGCCAAAACAUUAUUGGAUGUUGCGAGCGAAGGACCAGAUCCGACAGAGUUUCGAGAUAUUGAAACGAUUCCGAAAAUUCACAUUCCGAUGAAGUUUGACCAGUGGAUUUUGUUUACAGCUAGCUUCGAAAUUGCACCAAAUAAUACUUUUCACCUAUAUACUACUCUUGAUGGAAGGCCAGGUGAAGCUUAUCUUGUGUCCGAAAGACCAAUUACAAGAAAAACAAUGAAAUCUUAUGAAACCUCGGAGCUUUACUAUUCAAUCAGGAAAGUGCGUCAUUCGCAAAUUUCUUUUUUCAAAUUAUUCUUUAACCACCAUAUGGUUUACUCUUUGAUUGCCAUGGGACCCAAUAGACAUCCAUUCAUUGCACCAUGGCAGUUGGCGGAAAUGGGAAAUGUGAAAAUUUCCAACUGCUCGUUUUUCUUCACUCAAAACGCUUCGAACGAAAAAGAGAUUUUUGAUCUGAACGACUUGACAAUUCUAAAGGGUGCUGAAGCUGAUUACAGGAUGACCGACAAGAACACAAAUAUGAACAUUAUUUAUAAUGAUGAGAUUUUUUCUAAUGGUGGAGCUCCAGUUUUUGUGUACAUGUUUGCAAAAUACAUGCAACAUACGAACGACUGCUUUGAUGUGGAAGUUGCGAACGGUUUCUUAAAGUUGGUUCUGGAUAUUUCGCGCAAGCCUCAUCAAGAUUACGAGCGCUGGAACAAUUUGAUGGUCAAGCGUGUUUUACUGUUUCUAGUCAAGCACGAAAUUCACUUCACUCCAGAUAUUCUGAUAUUUCUCGAGUAUGCAUAUGAGUUUGAAUUUGAUCCAACAGGAACCGCCGUUUACCGUGAGAAAGACAUUGCCAUUCACCAUGAUGAAUUCACGAUGUUUGACAAAGAAGUGAUUUACAAGUUCCAGCUGGGAUUGGUCAAAGAUGCAGAAUUUCUUAAAUUGAUUAUUUCAUACUUGUACGAAACGGACGGCGCCGAUUAUGUUAAGUUGAUUCGUAUCUUCAUAUUCUCCGUUAACAGCAUCAAAUAUGGAUUGUUUAAUGUCAAUAAACUGAUUCCUGUCACCAUUCAUCUCCUCAAAACUAUUGGACUGAUUUUCGAGCAGAGCAACAUCAAGUAUUUUCGAGACAGGGAGACAGCCGAAGCACUCAAAAUCUUCAUAUUUAAACUACUCUCUGUAGCGGAUUCAGAAAAUCGAAUUAUGCUUGCUCGCCAGCUCUGGGAUACUUUGAUUCUUAUGCGCCCGGCAUCAAAAAUGUUUGUCGAAAGAAAUGUCAAACAUCAUUAUGGUUGGUAUAAGGAAGAAGCCAUCGAACAAGAAGCUGGAAAUAUUUCCACACUGAGCCUCGAAUUUGACCGAAUUCCUGGCAUGGCUGAAAUUAUCGAAGGCGAUGAUGAAUAUCAUCAAGAACCAAUGUACGAUGAUCUGAAUGAGCCAUUGAGAAACAAAGAGCUUAAUGGUGAUUGCAUUCGAAUAGCAAUUCUCGAUAUUCUAAUUGAAACCAUCCGACUUGCCCCAGAUAACGAAAAAUUAACCAAUUACAUGAUGUGCACGGAAGUCGUCAUUGUACUUCUCACAAAUGAGAAUAAAAAGGAAGUCGUUGAGAAAUUAAUGGAAUUGUUAUCAGUUAUGAUAAAUAAUUCGGCGAAUGAUGAAGAGAAGUUUGUUAUUGCAAAGUCUUCCCAACUGAAAGUACUUGCUAUGCAGUUGGUUGGAAAACCGUCCAGCAUUUUUGUUUCAAAUAGGCUAUUCUCGAUUCUUUUCCAAGAAGAUGUUGACAUUUCUGCAGGACUCGAUGCUCACCAUGUUGAAUUUUAUGAGCCAAAUCUUAUUUCUUGUUGUAUUUUGGAAUCCUUGUUCGUUUCGUUCAGUCAAUCGAUCUAUUGUGAUGACGAGGGUGAGAUGUUCGUGCAUACAUGCCAUGCCCUCAAAACGAUUUUCGAAUACAAUGAUCAACUCCGACAAGCAAUGAUUGAACGCAGAUUUGAAGAUGUGAUGGUUGAAGUAUUCCGCAAUCUUUCUUUUCUUGCCGAAAAUGAUAUUACACUAUAUGCGCUAAGCUCAAUGAAAUCAACAUGGCUCUCGUUCGCCAGAGCGAUGGUUUCGAAUGCAGUUAUUUUAGAGAACAAUAAAUUAUUCGCAUGCGCAGAGCGAAUGGUGAAGCUAAUGAUCUUGGCAUACAUCCAAGAAAUCAACGAAGAAAGGCGUUCGGGAAGGAAAAUUGCCUCACCAAAAAUGUUCCGCGUGAUUUCAACCAUUCUGUUCACAUUCCUUUCGUUUAUUACCGAACGGGUUGAUUUAGAUUCGCAAAAACACAAAAGCGCGAGUGCGGACAACACGCCAUCUGAUAGUGAGUCGAUCACUCCAGAUGACGUCGAAUAUGUUGGAUAUUACGACAAUGUGUUCCGAUUGAGCGAUGAGAUUGAAACAUUCCGUGACAAAAUUCGCCAGAAAUUCCGAGGUUCUGUUCCUUCGCUGAAAUGCCCAUACCGCAAGAAACCGGCUCGGCCAGUAACACCAAAUGAAAUGACGAAUAGAAUGAAAAGAGUUAUGUCUUUGUGUCAUUGUUUCUACACGACUUGUAGCAUGCCCGAUGAUCUCGAGGAACCAGAGGAAUCUCUGUACGACCUUUAUUUCGAAUUUCUCACUCGUGUAUCACUUGAGGACAAUUUAAUUAAUCGUAAUCCGUGGUUUCUCAACGUUCAAAAUGACGCUCGCUUGAAUCUUGCCAGUUUAAUUGCAACCAUCUUGUUCGACUAUUCCAGAAAGAGUGAAAAAAAACUAUAUGCUGUUUAUAUAAAAUUGCGCAAAAUAGAGAUCAUUACCCGAUUACUUCAUGCUACCUCAUUGCACAAAGUCCGAAUCAUUCUUGGAAUGAAUAUGAAUAUUGAGGCUUGUAUCCAGUCGGCGUUACUGGAUGACAUUAUUUUCUUUGGAAGGAAUGAUCAACUCACCGAUUUAGCACAUCAAUUCUUGAGAAGAUUUGAAUUGUCAUAUGCGGAUAUAGUUGCGAAUCUUACUUCGCUUGAAGAUGACGCAAAAGAAAACUUGAAAAGCGAGUAUGAAAUUGUGGCUCAAUGGUGUAAUCAAAAUCGAAGUGAAAGCAUUCGAAUGCUUUAUUAUAGUACUAUUGCCUGGCAGUUCACAGAAGUAGACGAAUUUGAAAACAUGGUCAAUGGUUUAACUCAACAUGCCGUGAUGGUCCAAGGAAAGGCGAGAGGAAUUACGUACGCUCUUUUGAAACAAAUGAUAAAAUCAGAAAGGGAAGAACUUGUGGAAGUUCUUAAAUAUGAGAAAUGUUUCGAACAUAUUGGGCAUAUGACUGAGGUAAUUCCUUCCAACAGUUUUAUUCCAAAGGAAAUUUCGUCUGUUCACGGACCAAAAGGAGAGCGAAUGCGUUUUGAGGACACAUAUAAUCCUCUUCCUCCGCAGUUCCAUAAGUUGAAAAUACUCCAAAAGAACAAGCUAAUGCCGUAUUUGAUCUCGAAACCGACCAUUUGUCAGAACAAAUCGGUUCGUGAAGGAAGUAUUGCCGCGUAUGAUGCAACGUUGGCAAGAAAGGGAAAAUAUUAUGAAGGGGCACUGGUGAUUACCGAUUUGAGCAUUUACUUUAUGCCUUCUAAUGACUCGAAGAAGUUCGACGAAAACAUUGAAGUUAUGUUCACUCAGGUGAAAAUUAUUCAUCAUCGUCGUUUCGAGCUGAAGGAUGUUGCUUUUGAGUUAUUCCUUAACUCAAACGAAUCAGUCUUUAUUGCGUUGAGAAGAGAACAAGACCGCAACGAAGUGAUUGAGAUGAUAAGCACUCGAGCUUCCUGCAAAAUUGCGCAGCCUUUGGAUCUUGCGGAAUACACUAAACAAUGGUCGGCUGGAUUAAUUUCGAAUUUCGAAUACUUGAUGAUCCUAAACACAUACUCUGGAAGGUCUUACCAUGAUUUCAUGCAAUAUCCCGUAAUGCCUCAUGUUAUUGCUAUUGAUACAUCACCUUACUUGGACUUGAAAAAUUUCAGAAAUUACCGAGAUUUUAAAAAGCCCAUUGCUAUUCAAAAUGAUGAAAUGAUAAAACGCUACGAAGAAUGUUACAAAAUGCUCGAAGAAAUGGGCGAAACACAGCCGUAUCAUUAUGCAUCGCUUUAUUCGAAUUUGGCCACUGUCAGCUUUUUCCUCAUCCGCCUGUUACCUCAUGCAUCGAUCGCCAUCGACUUCCAGGACGGAACAUUCGAUUGCCCUGAUAGAAUCUUCCAUUGCCUCCAGUCUGCCUACCGAUUGUCUUCCGGUGGAUCUGCAACAGAUUACAAGGAACUCGUCCCAGAGAUGUUCACGACCCCAGAGGUGUUCCUCAAUUUGAAUUCCAUGCGGUUUGGAGAUGGACAAAAUGGAAAUCCAAUAGACAAUGUGGUCAUGCCGAGAUGGUGCCAAUCAGAAAACCUAUUUUUUGUCAAUAGAUUCUUGCAAAAGAAGGAAAAUACGGAUUUUUUUGAAGCUUACCUCUUUGUCUUGGCACAACGACAUGCUUUAGAGUCACGUCAUGUGCAAGAGAACCUUCACCAUUGGAUUGAUUUGGUAUUCGGAUACAAACAGACAGGCGAAGAUGCUCGACAGGCAAUGAACGUUUUCCAUCCAGCGGUUUAUCCGGAAAGCAUUCCACCUGCUGAGACGGAGCCCAUUCUUUAUGCCGCACAUAUUGCUAAUGUUCGAAAUAUCGGUCAAGUCCCAAAAAAACUUUUCAAUAAGCCGCAUGUCAAGAGAAAUGCUCCAAUUAACCACAUCAAUGAAUUUGAAUUCUUGAACCUACAUUCAUUGGCAUUAGGUAAUCAAAUUUUCCAGCAUGAACUCGAGAUUAAGGAAUUUGAUGAGACCGCAGAAGAACGACUUCGCACUUUCCUUCGCACAAAAUGUGGGAAUAACAUUCAAAGAAAUUCGAUAAAUGAAGAACACCCACUGAAAUGUCAUGACUUCGUACCAAUUAAUAUGGAUUUGAAUGCAAAAUUCUAUGUUUCCUUUUUCGAUAACAUAAUGCAUGUUUGCAACGCGAAAGCGAAGAAAUUCUCAGUGACUCACUUGACUGGAAACCUUGUUGAUUAUAGAGUUACACCAGAUGGAUCUGUAGCGGCAGUUUGCCAGGAAUACGGUGUUAUCGAUAUUUACUGCAAUACUGAAACUGAUUUCUUCGGAAAUAAGUAUAUUUCUACUGUUCUCACCGAUACUAUUUUCACGAAUGGUGGAAAUAUCUCCGAUUUUGCCAUUUGUGUUCCAUUCAACGUUCUUUUCACGAUUAGCGAGUCGAAUGGUAACAAACAGUAUAUUGCUGCGUGGGAUGUGCACAAAAAAUCAUUGAUCAAAAGAAAUGAGGUGCGAGGAGAAAAUAUUAAAAUAUUUGCGCUACUGAAGCAUACCGCUGAGUUAAUUAUCGGUGAAACGACUGAUUACAAGAAUGAGAAGAAAGUGACAGAUUGCGUGAUUCAGAAAUAUUCUUGUAAUGGGCGUCUGAUUAUGGAGCAGACGCAUGAGGUUGCCUUUAUUGAUGGUUCGGCAUCUCAAAUGAAGCCUGGUGAAGGUAUUCCUAUUAUUGCAACAAUUUGCAUCGAUUCAACAAUCAGACUCUUUGAGUCGAUUUCUCUCAAUCCAGUUCGAUCUAUCGAUUUGGCUAGAAUGAUUCGUUCGCCUCCUUACCGAAUUUUAUAUGAUGAAUCGAAUAACAUCCAACUCAUCGACGAGACAAAGAAAAAAUGGAUUCUGUCGCGUAUGCAAUGUUAA